AUGGCCAAUAGUAGUGCUCCUGAGUUUUUAGCAGGCCUUGGCCUUCAAAAAAUGGCAACUACUCCUCUUCUAUGUGCAGGCCUUGGUGUUCAAGCAGUUUCAACGAUCUAUAGCACAUACGACCAUUCUCAAUUUCGUGAGAAACAAAUUCAAUUGUCGAACCAGCGGGAUGAAGCUCAUAGGAAAAUGAUGGAUAAGAUCCAAUCUGACCAUAUCGCCCAUCUCGAUCAGAUGAGCGAGGCAGAGGAAAAAUCUCGAGAGUGUUUUCAGGCGUACAGGGAUAAACGAGAAAAAGAAAUAGCAAAAAUUAAAUCAGAAUUCGAUGAACAGCAAGCCAAAUACGAUAAGGAAAUAGAUGAUUCAAUUAAAGAACAUAAGAAAAAUGUGGAGAGCAUUAGAGAGCAAUCGGAAAAUGCUCUACGGCAAAACCAAGUGAUUCAUAGGAGACAGUUGGAAUCGAUGGAUGACAACCAACGAAAAGAACGCGAAGCACUUCACGAAAAGCUUGAAAAUGCUAAAAAGGAGAUUGCUAAAGUCUUGGAUGAUGAGUAUCGUGAGAUAGAUAUUCGGAUGAACGAAUACCUAGAGAAACAGGAGAAAAAACGCGAAGAGAGGAAUACGGCUAUGGAGAAGAAUCGGAAAGAAAUUGCUGGUGCUCAAGGGGAAAAUCGGAGAGUUGUUCAACAGCUAGAAGAGGAUAAGAGAAAACACUUUGAAGAACAAAAGGGUUUGGUGCUGAAUACCCAGAUUGAAAUUUCGGGUGAUCUAAUCGCUCGAAAUGCUUCUAUGAGAUGUAUGAAAAUGUAUCAAGAUGCGUUGCAGCCGGUUGCUUUGAGAAUGAAAAACGCAUUCAAUGAAAUGAGAACUAUUUGCGAUUCCGCAAACUUUGACAAACGAUCUAUUCGAGCAGGAUCACUUGAUCCAUUCAAAGACGAGAUUGCAAGCGCCGAAUGCGCGUUUUAUAAUAAUGUUGCGAUAUUCACGCAGGGCAUGUUAUCAGAAAUACAUAUACCUCUUGAUAUUCGAAUUGAAUUAAAUAAUCAACUCAAUCAGAUAAAAAAACUACUGCAAAACACAAACGUAAAAUCACAUGCUGCCCUUCUAGCAUUGGCUCACGACAAGAAAGAUUUGGAAAAAAUGAGGAAUGAGAUGGACUUGAUGAAAACAUUUUUCACAGCUUUUGAAGAUCUCAAUACUGAUCAACAAACGUUGAUGAUUCAAAAAAAGAUUAUGGAUUCAUUGUGUGCUAAAACUAGCCAACUGAAGAUCAACGGCUAG